GGCGCGCGGGGGUGACGAAGGCGGAAGCGGGGAGCAGGAUGCAGCGGCGCUGAAACCCCCCCGACCGCUGCGCCGGGAGCGGCCCCGCCAUGGAGGUACAAGAUGCUGGACAAGAUAUGGUGGCUUCCUAUGCCACACCAGGAAGCGGUAAAUCGAAGCUGGAUACACUGUCCAAAGAAGAUCUCAUCAAAUUUGCGAAGAAGCAAAUGAUGCUUAUGCAGAAAGUGAAGUCAAGAUGCACAGAAUUGGAAAAAGAGAUGGAACUCAAAUCAAAACCACCUGCUGGAGGAGCUGAUGAUAUUAUUCAGGCGCUCUCAGAAAGGCUGGAUGCUGUUCUUCUGGAAAAAGCAGAGAUCCAGCAGCAGUGCAUAGCCCUCAAAAAAGAAAAUGCUAAAAGGAAACAAGAAGCAGAGGUUGCUGUAACUAAGACAGAAGAACUGCAGAAGCAGUUGGGACAAUCAAGCAUUGACCACUUGAAAGAUACUGAAGGCCUUAAGAAUGAAGUAGUAAGAGCACAGUCCAAAUACAAUGAAGACUUAGCCAAACUGCAGAAAGAACUGCAGGAAGAAGUGAAGAAACAAAUGGGGCUUGCAGAACAGCUUGAACUUCAUAGUAAUCAACAAGAGGAAACUAAAAGACUACAAGAAGAGGUCCAGCAAAUUAAGCAUGCAUAUGAGGAACAGAUUUUAUGUCUGAAUAAACAGUUGGAAGCUAUCAGUGAGGAUAAAAACAAAGACAUUGAAAAUCUGCAAGAAGUUAUCAAAAAUAAUUCUCAACAUUACUGUAGUGAAAUCAAUAAUCUGCAUGAAGAGCUUAUACAACUAAAGGGUGCACACCAACAAGAGGUUUCAGAAUUGAUGUGUCAGCUUGAAGCCACUUCUAAAGAAUAUGAAGAGGAGAGAAACCAGAUAAAUCAGCAAAAGCUGGACUUAACAGAGCAGCACUUGGUAAAAGAAGAAAGCAUGAAGGGUGAAUUAUAUGCUAGUAAUGAGAAAUAUGAACAUGAAUUGGAACAACUAAGAGAAGCUGUAAAUAAAAAUAAAGAAAAUGAGACAGAUGUUGCAGAUGUACAAAGAGACACUUAUGUGGACACAAAAAUGGAAGAAAAGGUCAAACACUUAGAACAUAUUUUAAAAGAACUGGAAUCUCAACACAGUAUAUUAAAAGAUGAACUAACCUAUAUGAAUAAUGUUAAGUUAAAACUGGAGGAGGAAAUCCAGCACACAAAGGAUGAGUAUUUUCAUGAGCGGGAAGACUUGGAGUUUAAAAUUAAUGAACUGCAACUUGCUAAAGAAGAUCAUUGUUGUGUAAUUGAAAAACUAAAAUCAGAGCUCCAAGCAACAAGACACCAAUAUGAAAUCACUGAAAAAGAGCGUAACCUAGAAGUUCAAAGUCUGAGAGAACAACAAGAGAGAGAGAUUUCGGAACUACAUCAGACUUUAUUGUCAAAUUCAGAAAAAGAAAAUAUGGUAUUGGUUUUUGAAAUACAGGAUCUUAAGGAACAGUAUCAAAGGCUCAUACAGGAGAAGGAAGAAGCAGUGUUCAAUUAUGAGAGUUUGAGGGAAACCCUGGAAACUCUACAAACUGAAUUGGGGGAAUCAGCUGGAAAGAUCAGUCAGGAGUUUGAAUCAAUGAAGCAGCAGCAAGCUUCUGAUGUCAGUGAGCUACAGCAGAAACUCAGAGCUGCUUUCAAUGAAAAGGAUGUUCUUCUUGAAACAGUGGGUCGUCUUCAGGAAGAAGCAGAAAAAUUAUCAUCUAAACAAGCUGAGGCGGAAGAACUUAAGCAUAAAAUAGUCAGCUUUCAGGAGGCGAAUGAGGCAAUGGUGAUCUCUCUUGAUCAAAAAGAGAUCACAAUAAAAGAACUGGAGGAAAAGGUGACCAGUCUUGCCUCUCAAAAAGAUGGUAUUUUAAGUGAACUGAAAUGUUCAGGUGAAAAAGUAGAAAAUCUCCAAGAAAUGUGUAAAAAAGAACAAGAAAAGGUCCUGGAACUUCAGCAACAAGCAGAAUGUGUUAACCAGUGCAACAGUGAACUGAAAAAAAAUGUAGAGGAUUUAACAGAGACACUAAAAGAAGCUUUAAAAGAGAAGGAUGAGAAUAACCAAAAGUUAGUGCAAUUAGAGGAACAAAUGGAAGCUCUCUCGCUUGAUAGAAAGAGUCUGUUAUCUCAAGCAUAUACUCUUCAUAAGGAAAAUGAGAAAAUCAAUAAGGAAAAAGACAAAAUAAGUAGUAAUCUGGAAAAGGUUGCCUCUGAAAAGGAGGAUUGGCUAGUGUUUAAAGAACAAGCUGAAAGUUUAGAAAAGAAAUUACAAAUUGCUGUUGAAGAAAAAGACCAUUUAACUAUGCUGCUUGAAAACAAACAAGCACGUGCAUUACUUGUCAAAACUCAGCUGUACAGUUUGCUUGAGCAAAUAGGGUCCAGACUUUCAGAUGAUGAUGAGGAACAUGAUGCUAUUUAUUUACUGCAGAUUGCAAAUGAAUCCUUGGCAAAAAUGAAAGAAGAAAAACAGAGCCUUACUUUGCAGAAUGAUGAAAAAGUUCUUAAUUUACAGCAGAAGGUUGAGAGACUUCAGGAAGAAAAUGUAGUUCAGUGUGCAGAGCUCAGAUCUUUGCUGGAAAACUUUGAAAAAGAAAAGUGUCUCUUAGCAGAAAAAUUAGAAGGAGCUUUGUCAGAAAAAGCAGCCUUGCAGCUAGACAUCCAAGAGAUGAAGAGUGCCAAUGAGAAAGCAAGGAAUGAAAAACAAGAUCUUCUAGCUUGUAUUGAAGAGAUCUCUCAAAAACUUGCAUGUUAUGAAAGCCAAAUACAAGAGCAACAGAAGGAAUCUUCUACAGAAGAGCAAGAAAACCUAAAACUCAGUCUAGAGCAAAGAGAGGCUGAACUUAGAAAUGUGAAAGCCGAACUGACCUCUCUAAAGGAUUUCAUGGAGAAGUCGUCUGUAAAAAAUGACCAACAAUCUUCAAUAGCAGAACUACAAGAAAAAAUUGUAUGUCUGGAAAAGCAAUCUGCAGAGAGAGAAGAGAAGUUAAAUAAAGUUAAAGUCAUUGCUGUGAAAGCAAGGAAAGAACUAGAUUCCAGUAGAAAAGAGGUGCAGUCUUUGAGAGAAGAAUUAGAGUUGGUACGAUCAGAGAAAGAUCAGUUGUCUACUUCUAUGAGGGACAUCAUCCAAGGAGCAGAAAGCUAUAAGAAUCUUUUGCUGGAAUAUGACAAGCAAGCAGAACAGCUGGAUUUGGAAAAGGACCGAGCAACUAAUCUUGAACAUCAGAUGGAUGGCCUUACAAGACAGCUACAGACUUCAACUCAGCAGCAAGAGCUACUAAACUCUGCCAAUGAAGACCUUAUGGCUCGUCUUGAAACUCUACAGUCUAAUGUUAAACUGCUAGAAGCCCAGAUAUUAGAAACGCAAAGAGCCAAAGCAAAAGUCGACAAAGAACUGGAAGCUGAAAAAUUUCUAAAAGAGCAAAAGAUAAAGGACCACAGCAGUGCUGUAAGAGAACUUGAAGACCUUCAGUUUCAGCUUCAGAAGGAAAAGAAACAUCUUCAGAAAACUAUGCAGGAACUAGAGCUGGCCCGGCGGGAUGCCCAGAAGAGCACACUAAUGGAUAUGGAAAUGGCUGAUUAUGAGCGUUUAGUGAAAGAACUUAAUCAGAAGAUUACAGAUAAAAACUGCAAAAUUGAAGAUCUUGAGCAAGAGAUCAGAAUUCAAAAACAAAAACAAGAAACACUACAAGAAGAAAUAAAAUCCCUUCAAUCUUCUGUGCUACAGUAUGAGGAAAGGAACUCCCAAAUAAAACAACUGCUAGUGAAAACCAAAAAAGAACUGGCAGAUUCAAGGCAAGCUGAAAAUGACCAUCUAAUACUUCAAGCAUCAUUAAAAGGAGAGCUAGAGGCAAGCCAGCAGCAAGUGGAAGUCUAUAAGAUUCAGCUGGCUGAACUAACAUCAGAAAAACACAAGAUUCAAGAACAUCUGCGGACCUCUUUGGAGCAACACCAGCGCACUCUGAAUGCUUACCAGCAGAAAAUUGCAACCCUACAAGAAGAAUGCAACACAGCAAAGGCAGAACAAGUUGCUGUUACCUCUGAAUUUGAAAGCUACAAAGUCCGUGUUCAUAAUGUUUUAAAACAACAAAAGAAUAAAUCAUCUUCUCAGACUGAAACUGAGGGAGCCAAGCAAGAAAGAGAACACAUGGAAAUGGUGAUAGACCAACUAAAAGUAAAGUUACAAGAUGCCCAGCAUAAUUUACAAAUCAAUGUAACUGAACUUCAAGCAUUGCAGUCUGAACAUGACACCCUGCUGGAACGGCACAAUAAAAUGCUGCAGGAGACAGUGACGAAAGAGGCAGAACUCCGAGAAAAAGUCUGUACUAUACAGUCUGAGAACAUGGUGUUGAAGUCAGAGCAUGCUCAGACUGUGAGUCAGCUGACGACCCAGAACGAAGCUCUUCGGAACAGUCUUAGAGAUCAAGUGAGGCAUUUGCAAGAAGAGCAUAGGAAGACUGUAGAGACCUUGCAACAGCAGCUAUCCAAGGUAGAAGCCCAAUUCUUCCAACUUAAGAGUGAACCUAGCACAAGAGGUCCAGCUGUUUCAAACCUGCCAGUGAAGAAUUUGCGAGAACGGAGAAACACUGACCUUCCUCUUCUUGAUGUGCACACUGUAGCUAGGGAAGAGGGAGAAGGAAUGGAAACAACUGACACAGAGUCUGUGUCUUCUGCCAGUACCUAUAUGCCAUCAUUGGAACAACUUCUUAAUUCUCCUGAAGCAAAAUUUGAGCCACCUCAAUGGCGAACAGAACUCACCAAAGAAGAGCUGGUCCAGAAGCUAAACACAACAACAAAAAGUGCUGAUCAUUUGAAUGGAUUGCUUCAUGAAUCGGAAGCAACCAAUGCAAUAUUAAUGGAACAAAUUAAGCUUCUUAAGAGUGAAGUAAGACGACUGGAAAGGAACCAAGAGCGAGAGAAGUCUGUUGCUAAUCUGGAAUACUUGAAAAAUGUUCUGCUGCAAUUUAUAUUUCUGAAGUCAGGCAGUGAAAGAGAGAGGCUUCUUCCAGUAAUGGAUACCAUGUUGCAGCUCAGCCCUGAAGAGAAGGGAAAACUUGUUGCAAUUGCCCACGGUGAGGAAGAAAGUGCAUCACGGCCCUCUGGUUGGGCUUCGUACCUUCACAGUUGGUCAGGACUUCGAUGA